GUCCUUACAACUUUUGUUUCUUCUCAAACAAUUUACUGAACAACCUAUAGAAGCACGAUGGUUAAACACUUCACAUUUGUUCAGUUUUACCUUCACAAUCUCAUCAUUUGUUUGGUACUUAACCGUAGCCAGCAGCAACAAGUUGAAUGUGGAAGGUCAAAAUUACCGAUGGAAUCGGGAAGCCAGGCGGAACCUGGAGAAUUCCCAUGGAUGGUUCAUCUUCUUAUCCAGCAAAAUGGCGAUGAUGAAUGGUUUAGUUGUAGCGGGACACUAAUUAGUGAUUCACACGUUCUGACGGCCGCUCAAUGCGUUCACAAAGAGAACCGACUGAACAGCAUUUCCAGCAUUACACUAGGCGCUCAUGGAAUCCGGGCAGACAGAAAUUCCAUGCAAAUUGUCGAUUGGAAAAUAAUUACGAUUCCAGCAGGAUUGGGACAUUAUAUGGUAAAUGACAUCGCCGUCAUCACUCUGACAAAACCUGCUUAUUUCACAGAUCAUGUCCAGCCCAUUUGUCUACCACCCGCCAGGUUCUACAUGAACGAAUCUGUUGUACUGACUGGAUGGGGCCAGCACAAUGAUUCAACAACGAAUUUGAUUUUAUACAAAUCGGAAACGGUCUUGUCUUCGUUUGGAACAGAAGACCAGUGCCAAAAAGAGACAGGGAUAGGUCCAUUCUCCGAUGAAAGCAUCAUUUGUACUCACGCAUCGAUCUGCCAUCGACACGUUGGAAGUGGAACACCUAUGAAUCAUUACAACAAGGAAUUGGACAGGUGGUUUGUCCUCGGAGUGGCCGGCAAAGUUGAUGCUUCAACUGACUGCCAAAGUAACAAGCCUAUCUUGUUCACGCGUGUCACGAGUCAGCUGGAUUUUAUCCUUAAACAUUCGGAUGUGACACCACCGUAUGUAAAUGACACGACAGUAAAAACUACUGAAGCGACAACAACCACCACAACCAGUAAACCCCCAACGUUCAGUUGCGCAGGCAAACUGGACGGAUAUCAUCCGGAUGCAUCAUCCAGUUGUUCAAAAACAUUUUACAUGUGCUCUCACGGACACGAUUAUACUUUUACUUGUGGCGAAGGAUUGGCUUAUAGAACUGACAUCCGUGUAUGCGAUUGGCCAAGUAACGUAGCCGGAUGCAACCCGAAGAAUUUCAUUAUAAUUAACAAAAAUUGAUAUACUGCAAAUCCUGUAGUGGGUGAUGUUAUUUCAUGCUACUUGCCUUAUAACUGAUGCCCAUGUCAAACGGAAGAUCGUGUUAGAUGGUCUGCGAACAUUGCCAUUUGAAACGCAAGAAACAGUUUGGGGUUCUACUCUGGUUCACUGUAUGAUUCAUAUUAGAUUUUAAUUACCUGAAUGUGUUUUUAAUCAGCAAUGGUAGUUGAUUUCGCCACACUGCACCCCGUCGUAAAGGACUGAAACCAUAUUGUUGGCAAGCCAUCAACUUCUGUCUAAAUCGAAUAGUUAUUUAUUUAUUUAUUUUUUUAUUUAUUACAUUCUCCGAAAUUGUAAAAGUACCUCCACUGCCGGCGAUUCUUCUCACCCCACCUUCUUCUAGACAGGGUCAAAAAUACAGGUUAACCUGCAAACGUA